AGGAGAUCUAGCAGGUCAUCACUUUACAAACCGCCAGACAGACGGGCGACCGCCGGAGAGGACUGACAUCCCCGAACCCAACCGAGUCAUUCUUCCGGAGCCACCGCUUGCCCUCUCGGGUUCCUCUGGCUCCAUAGCCCGAACUUUCUUUCGGUUUUUCAGUCUUGGCUGUCCCCACGACUGACUGACCGUGAGUCUGGAAACGGGUGAAGGAGCUCCGCCUUCGGGGAUUCCCCCAAUGUGGGCGCUGGGUGCUGCGUAGGCUCCGGGCAUUGACCCCACGGUUGGUUCGGGACCGCGCGCGGGGAGCAGCGGCACCUCCACCGCGCGCCCUCUCCCCGCCUGAGCUUGGCACCGACGGCAGCGCCUCCGCAGAACCUCGGGCAGCCGGGGAAUCAGCUGGAUGUCGGCUAAGUGGCCUGGCGGCAACAAGCUCCGCUAAGCCCGGAGAUGAGGCAGGGCUUCGGACCCCUGCCCCUAGCCCUCUUUCUCUACUUGCUGGCUCUGCUGACCCCGCCAGGUGAUGGCAACCAGGGGAGUGUCACUGGAAGCUGUUCCUGUAAAAUAAAAAUUCCUCCUGCCACACCGGUACCACCUACUAGCUUGGAUUAUAUCCGACAACGCCUGCAGACAUACGAUCACUGUCCAGUACUCACCAGGUUCUGGUUAACGACAUCCGUCACUGUGUGUGGGGACAGCCGGGAACAGUGGGUCCUUGAUUUGAUAAAGUGCAUUGACAGCAAAGAGUGUGGAAAUGGCCAUGGGAAGAGCCUGCACCACCAGGAGCAUCUGCCUCACACUAACACCCAGAUCGCUGUGGUCACCGAGGGGACACCUCCAACUACAAGCACCCCUGCACAGAUGCAGAGUACCCAGCAGUCCACUUUCCCAUCCGGAGCACUGUCUUUGAACAAAGGGGCCACCCACCACAGUAAGACCAGAGCUCUCACCUCAGGCUAUGACCCGGAAGCUAGACUGGAGGCUGAGGCAAAUAAAAACCAGCAAGAGGACAAACAGCAAGAAGGAAAACCAGGAGCCUCAGCUGGCAAAGCAGCCUUGGUGCCAGUGCUGUCCCUCCUGGCCAUCGUUUUCCUUCUCACGGCAGCCAUGGCCUAUGUGCUGUGCAGCAGGAGAGACAGGCAGCGGAGAGAUGCAGAUCUGCAGCUCGAUUAUACACUUGUGAACUCUAGUGUCUGAAGCAGGACUGGGGCUUUGGAGAGAAGACGCGGGAGAGAGAUGGCAGGCUGGGCUCCGUCAGUGAACUGGACCUUCACUCGUUCUUUCACGUCAUAAGCCUGGGCAGCUUUGAGCUGCUGAUUCUCUGCCUCUCCAUGCUAGGCUCUGGGAUUGCAGACAUACACAUCUGCCCUAAUUCACUGCUGUAUAUAACGCAUUUAGAACUUUAGUUUGCUUAGGGAGGAUCUUACUUAGUCCAAGUCGGCCUCAAAUUCCCUAUGUGUCUGAGGAUGACUGAGUCUCCUGCCUCCACUUCCAUAGUGCUGGAUUACACACUUGCUAAACACUUUUUUUAAGGAUUUAACUUUAUGUGCAUUGGUGUGAAGGUGUCAGAUCUCGUGGAACUGCAUUUUCAGACACUUGCGAGCUGCCACGUGGGUGCUGGGAACUGAACCCGGGUCCUCUGGAAGAGCAGUCAGUGCUCUUAACCGCUGAGCCAUCUCUUCAGCCCCAACACUUUUUUUUUUUUUUUUUGAGACAGUAUUUCACUAUUCUCCCCUGGCUGUCCUAGAACUCAGAAAGAUCUGCCUGCCUCUGCAGUGUUGGGAUUAAAGAACUUCACCUGGCCCUUAGGAAAUGUUUUGUUUUCUGGGGUUUUUUGAGACAAGAUUUUCCUCUGUGUAACAGCCCUAGUUGUCCUGAAACUAGCUCUUGUAGACCAGGCCUUGAACUCACAGAGAUCUGCUUGCUUCUGCCUCCAGAUUGCUAGGAUUAAAGGCAUGCCUAACCGCCACCUGGCUUUGACUUGGUUUUCUUGAGACAGGGUUUUUCUGUGUAACAGCUCUGGCUGUCCUGGAACUCACUCUAUAGACCAGGCUUGGUCUCAAACUCACAGGGAUCCACCUGCCUCUGCCUCUCGAGUGCUGGGAAUAAGGUGUGCAUCACUCUUAAUGAUUAAUAACAUGAGCAGCCCUACUGGCCCUGGUCCUCCCCCUGUUGCUAAUAAAAUGUAAUACUCUAAACCAUGUGGUCUAGAGGUAUGGCCAUUGGUAGAGUGCCUGUCUAGGAUGCGUAAAGUUCGAAGUUCAACUCUCCUGCUACCAAUAAAUUAAUUUUUUAAAAUGUC